UGAAGAUUAGAAAAAAUAUUAAAAUUAUUAUUUAAAAAAAAUAUUUAAAAUAUUUAUCGAUAUGUGACAGUUUUUGGAAGGUUAAGUUUACUUUUGCUGUUAUAGUCACAGCACGUCCUAUGUCGUACACACUUUGGUAAACGGGUUUAUUUAUCGGUCUCGACGGAUUUGGGGCGUUUCGGUCCUUAAACGAUCCUCUUCGAGAAUGUCACGCGAGUCCUUGGUGAAGGACAUCAACGACUUCAAAUUCUCCAAAUGCAAGAUCCUCGACUUGCCGAUCGACGGCAUCAGGGACAACUUCGUGAGACGAAUGAUGAAAGGUGUCGUCUUCUCCCGGGUCGCACCGACCCCCCUGGCCAGCCCGAGGCUGGUAUCGUUUUCCGCAGAAGCCCUGGAUGAAAUCCUCGACCUGGAUCCGGUCGUCGUGAAGUCGAGGGAUUUCGUGGAGUUCAUAGCCGGAAACAAGCUGUUGCCAAGUUCCACCCCGUUGGCACAUAGGUACGGAGGCCACCAGUUCGGCACUUGGGCGGCUCAGCUUGGCGAUGGAAGGGCAAUCGUACUAGGCCAAUACGUCAACAGGAAAGACCAGACAUGGGAAUUGCAGCUAAAAGGGUCUGGCAUGACACCUUACUCACGGGAUGGUGAUGGAAGGGCAGUUUUGAGAUCGUCCAUCAGGGAAUUUCUCUGUUCAGAAGCGAUGCACUACCUAGGAAUUCCAACAUCGCGGGCCGGUGCGAUAAUCGUGAGCGCUGACCAUGUAAUAAGAGAUUUGUUGUAUGACGGCCACCCAAAGUUAGAACCAACUUCCGUCGUUUUAAGGUUGGCGCCAUCUUGGUUCAGGAUUGGCUCGCUUGAAAUCCUCGCCAAAUAUCAAGAAAACGAGCUGCUUGCUGAGUUACUCAACUUCAUUAUAAAAGAGUAUUUCCCAAAUAUAGAAGACAACGAAGACAAGUUGUUGAAUUUCUUAAAAGCUGUAUGUCGAAUGACCUCCGACCUUGUCGUAGCUUGGCAAGCAGUCGGUUUCACCCAUGGUGUCCUCAACACCGAUAACAUUAGCUUAAUGGGAAUUACAAUCGACUAUGGCCCCUUUGGUUUCAUGGAAGCGUACAAUCCAAUGUAUGUGCCCAACCACUCAGAUUCAACUGCGAGAUACUGUUACGGGAGGCAAAUUACCAUUACUAUAUAUAAUCUGACUAUGUUAGCGAGUGCAAUAGCACCUCUCCUGAACGGUACACAAAUGAUGAAAGCAGCAAGAAUGGUUCAAGAAGAGGAAAACUACAUGAAAACAAAAUUGGAGGAAAAAUUUUCUCAGAAGCUUGGCUUGCACAAAUCAUCACCAGAGUUGACCACCAUGCUCAUUAAAAUGCUCGAAGAGACCCAGGCUGAUUUUGUCAUGACUUUUAGAGAAUUGAGCGAAUAUCCAAUCGACAAGUUAAAAAAGCCAGCUGCCAGUCUAUGGGCACUACAACAACUCUCAAGGCACGCGUCGUAUCCCAAAUUUAUUGAAAUGUACCAGAAGCGUCUGGUUGAAUUAGGCAUAACCGAUACUCAAAGGAUGGAAGACAUGCGCAGGGUCAAUCCUUGCUACACUUUGAGAAAUUGGAUGGCAGAAGAAGCAAUUAAGGCAGCACACUCUGGAGACUUUUCACAGGUGGACCUUUUGCUGAGAAUUUUGAAAAAUCCUUUUACAAGGCAGGAAGAGGCUGAGGCAAAAGGGUACGGGGCCAAACCUCCAUCUUGGUCUAGAACGCUCUGUUUGAGCUGUUCAAGUUAAUGUCAAUACAUUCCACAUUGGUGUCGAGGUUAGUUGUAAAAAUGAUAAUUUUACCUGAACAUAUUUAAUUAAUAAGUUACCAAAUUUUAAUAUUAGCUGUACAAUCUUUUUCAAAAUGGACAUUUUUGUGAUAUAACAACCUUUAUUAUUAAAAUUUGAGGAUUGGCUAAUUAAUAUUUUAAUUUUAAAUUAACGCUAAUUAAUUGUUGAACAUU